ACUGCCGUAUCGUAUUUAUUUACAUUUUCAUUUACGCACUGUAAAACUGGGAAUCCAGCUCAGACCUUUACUGCUAUAAUGUGACAAUGUUAUAAAUGAUAACUUUGUGCGAUUUGUAAUGAUCUUUAACAUUUCUUGACAGUUGAAAAAUUGUGAAUAAACAAUGUCCGAAUGUAGGAUUUGCUUGGAAACCAGGAAGAAUGUACGGUGCAUAUUUAACACAGAUGGGGAUCCCAACACUACGUUCGCUGACAUGAUAACAUACGUCGCUAGUAUCAAGAUUACAAGAGAAGACGGGAUCACGGACCAAAUAUGCCUGGCUUGUCGGAAAAAGCUCAAAGAGUUAUAUGAUUUUAAACUUCUUAUACUAAGGUCCAACACUCAAUUGCAUCAAAAGAACAAUUCAAAUUUCAAAAGGAUCCAUUUUAAUGACAUAACAGAUGUCAAGCUUGAAAUUGCUGUGGCCCCAACUGAUGAGAAAUAUCUACUCAAAGAAUAUGAGGACAUUAAGAUGAAUCUGCAGAGUGCAGAAGACUCUGUAUGUUACAAGGAUACCACAAUUAAGAAGGUAGAGCCAAGUUGCAUAGAAGUGGAGCUGGACAAUCAGCCGAUGUCCGUCAUGGACUUCCUUGAUACCAUCAAGGAUGAUCUGGAAAAUGACUAUGAUCAGGAUUACGAUGCGGCCCAAGGUGGUCCAGACUCGGACUCUGAUGAGUAUUUGCCACACAGCAUUAUACAGAAGAAAUAUGGGAAAAAACACAAGAAAAAGAAAAAGACUAAAUUGUCAAAACCAACCAAAAACGGAAACGGCAAAACAGAAGCAUCCAACAGGGUUCGUAUAAAACCGACCUGGAUCGAGGACCUCCGCGUAAUGGCCACGUACGAGCCGAAGAAGCCGCGGGAGAAGAAGAAAUACAAGUCCAAGACGAAGGAGGGGAUGUGUCCGUACUGCGGGAAGUUGUCCAAGAAUCUGACCAGCCAUCUUGUGUUACAUGGGGAGCCGCUGUAUAAGUGCGGCUUUGAGGGGUGCGGCAGAACCUUCCACCACCGCAGCGCCAUGCUGAACCACGAGCGCGCGCACUCCGCCGCGCGCGACCACCGCUGCGACCAGUGCGUCGCCGCCUUCCACUCACACCACGCGCUCAACCAACACAAAAAAUGUCACGACCAGACAAGAAGAUACGUUUGUGAAACCUGCAGCAAAUCUUACAAGAGGGGGCACCAGCUAUCGCGACACGUCCGCACUCACAACUCCGCCAACAAGAACGUGCAGUGCGAGCUGUGCAACAUGUCCUUCUUCUCGCAGAUCGGGCUGAGGCACCACAUGAGGGUGCACACCGGGGAGCGACCCUACAACUGCGAGGUACAGUAUACCUCACCACCUCACACGAGGCGGUACCACCGUGAGAUAUGA